AUGCAAUAUCGAUCGCCGUGCUCCAUCCGCCCAACCUGGACUUGGACGUGGACUUUGACUUGGGGACCUGGCCGACUGGGUCAUGACAAGGCAACCUGGAUGAAUUUGGAUGGCAUGGUGCUCUGUAUGGUGUUCACAGCUCGCGCUUUUAACCCUUACCUUUCAUUUCUGACAAUCUCCCGCGAGCAGAUCUUGCCAAUUGCAUACAAUUUACCGAACAGCAGCUUUUCAGGGACAUUUUUUGCCGUGGUCGUCCUCGUACUGCGGUAUUGUCGAAACGCACGAUACAAACCUGCGGACCAGCAACAUUAG